AUUUUGCUAGAUAAUGCCACUUUGUGUUCCAACUCACUUACUAUUGAAGAUAAUGGGAAACAGAUCUUUAAUGGAAGUAUUGUUGAAUCGCUGGUUCUCUUGCUUGAGGUACGUGGUAUAAGCCUGCAAAACAGGUGCUUGGUAAGGAUAUAGGCAUGAGAGAUAUUGCAAGCAAGCUGUAUUUAAAUAAUAAAAUAUACAGGUUAUAUUACUGCAGUAAUAUAUUUACGUGGUGUUUCCACAAACAAAAAUAUUAUAUGUUUUAUCGCCAUGCAAACAUACAAAGAACUUAAAAGCUGCAUGUAUUUAAUUUAAAACAAUAUUUAGUGUCCCCAAGAAAUUGUAACACACAAAAAACUUACACCACAAUGUCAUAUAAAAACCUGCGAAUUUGAUGGGAUUAUUUAGUCACCCUACUUUUCACUGUUUAAAGAUAUAAUUGCGAAUUGAAAUUUAAAUACCAUGCCCAAAGGAGCUUGAAGUCGUUUAAAUCUUUGAUUGAAAAAUUGGUGCAGCUAUAAUUAUACUCGUGCUCCAGCGAAGCAUAGCUCGAGUCUUGGUUUCAGCUUGGUUGAAAAGUUUCUUGGUUUCUUGGAAAAAAAUGUUUCGACUUGUAUCUUUUUUCCUAGGUGAAAAACUUUGCCUGAAAUUUUGCACAGUUAUUAAUAAAGUUAUGGAAAAUCGAUUUUUAUUAAAACGAAGACCAGCUUUUUUGUGAAAACACAAUUUUUCGGCUUGGUUUUGCCAUGGUCUCACUCGAAAGGACAAGGUCAACGUAGCCAUGUUUGGCCAUGAAACUCAAACCGCCGAAAAAAUAUUUUAUUUAUAUAUUUUUUCCACGUGAAAAACCUGGCCUAAAAAUUUGCACAGUUGUUGAUAAAGUUAUUGAAAAUCGAUUUUUAUUAAAAAGAAAACCGGCUUUUUUGUUAAAUUUUGAUUUUUUACCUGGUUUUGACCUGCUCUCACAUGUGAAGACAAAGGCACUGUCAGCCAUUUUUACUCAUGAAACACGAAGUGCGGAAGAAAAUAUUUGGACUUGUAUCUUUUUCAGUUCUCUAUGACGUUAAAAGAGUCCCAAGCUUUUGACUCACAGGAAAAACCGUAUCUUUAAAAAAAAUAUUCGUUCAACCACUUUAUGUCUUUAAAGGUGUACUGACCUUUUCAGGCUGUUCUAGACAAACCACAUUUUCUUUACAUUUUUUCCUCUUGACUGUAGCAUAAACUUUAAGCACAUAAACCUCUCAUUUCCAUAUAGUUUAUCCGAGAGGUAAACCGUUUUGGUGUUCAUUUGCAAAUGAGUUUUAACUAGCCCAUGUUUUUUAUUUUAACUCUUGCCGUGUCUUUCUUUUCAAAUGUUGAUGUUCGAAUGAGAAUUUCCAAUAUUCGAAAACCUACGGGGGAGGGGGGGGGUCCGCGCAUCACACAUAGAUCAGGGGCGUCGUUGCCGCUUCCACGCCCGUGUUUUAUAGCGCCCUGUUGUUUACCAAGUAGUUUAUAGCUUACACGUUUUUUUAGUUUGCUUGUUCCAGGUUACCAAAGUGGCAAGGAAAUUUGUCUCAUAUAGACUACCUUGAUCACGAGUAGGAACAUAAAGUUUAGUCGCCAUCACUUGUUAAUUUCGUGAUGAAAAACUGACUUACUUUUAUUUAUUCACUUCAAAUUUUUUCAACAAAAUCCUGUAGUUGGAUAAAAAUGCGUAAUCAAAUCUUAUGUUCUUAGAGAAGUUUCGGAAAAGACGCUAUAUCAUACAAAAACAACACUAGAAAUAGAGACGCCUUUGAAAACUAUUUUUAGAACUUACUUCACUAAAUAACCUUCGCUUUUUAUUGACAUUUUUAAUAAUCUUAAUAAUACGCAGAGUUUGUGUGUACUAUAUAGUGUCCAUGUUUUCCAUAUCCGUGUUUUCCAUGUCCGCGUUUCCCAUGUCCGCGUUUUCCAUGUCCGCGUUUCCAUGUCCGCGUUUUCCAUGUCCGCGUUUUCCAUGUCCGUGUUUUCCAUGUCCGUGUUUUCCGUGUCCGUGUGUCCGUGUCCGCGUUUUCCAGCUAACCAGCUAUCACGUUAAACAAAUCACUUGCGCUAAUUGUUCGUUUUCGUGCAAUUUUUAAGUGUCUAAAAGGGAAACAAACAUGGGCGUACCGGGAAGGAAAACAUUAAGGGGGCGGAAAGAAAUUUGCCCGACUUUUUCGGAUUGUGCCCGCGUUGUCAAAAACUCAAAAUUUCCAAAAUUGUUGUUAACGGAGGAGUGAUUACGAAAAAUUCCUAUUAGAUAGCAUAUUUCCCACAAAAUUGACAGAAUUUCCCACAAAAUUGACAGAAUUUGCCCCAUUUAUUUUAUAAUAAGCAAAUAUUGCCCUACUGUGAAGCGAAUAUUGCCCGACUGGCUUUGUUUGUCCAACAAACUGGGGGGCUCCCCACCUCCACCCCUUGCCCGGUACGCCCAUGGAAACAAACAUUUAAAUAACCGGAACAGUAUAUAUAACAAAACAGUUAAUCGGAGUCACAGGGGUGGAAAAAGUAUCGGAACCUGGGAACCUAGUUCCCAGAAAUUUUUUUGAGUUAAGAGUUUUGCAGAAACUUUUCCAGAAAAUAUUUCAACAUUUUGAGAUAACUCUGUUUACUCAACUUACAAGUUACAACUAUUCUACUUUAUACUGUAAUAUCAGCAGCUUGCAGCAUAUUUGACAGAAAUUAAUUCUUUUACCCACCCCUGCCUUCACAAUUAGGUAAAAUGGUAAAUAUAUGCUCUGCAAAGUCUCCAAUAAAAUGCAAAUUAAAUAGUAAACAAUAAAAGUGAUGGAAUAAAUAAGAUGAUAGGACACCUAGUUAAGCGUUAGAUCCUUACUAGUUGGUCAUAACUCAUAACUGUGGUACAUAACAGACAACUAUUGUGAUGUAUGAGCAUAUGAAAACACCAGCCUAAAGCCUAUUAUUACUAAAGUAUAAAUGAUACAAUAAUUAUGCAUUUGUUUUGUUAUUUUUUUAACUGUAACAUUGCAAAUUUUACAGAAAAUUUCUAACCUUCGACCCAGGUUCCCAAAAAGAAAAAAAAAAUUUGCCACCCCUGCGGAAUCACUUUCAAUCGUGUAAGCGCGACGUUGCUUCGGGUUCGAAGCAUGCUGAGGCAGAAUUGGCGAAGUUAUCGUUGAGAGUAUUAAAACAGCAAUCGUUUGGUUAUUUAAAUGGCUCUUCUUUCAAAUAGACUUUAAAUAUCUUUACAGAUAACUUAAAAUAUGUUAGGUAUAGCAUUUUCUUCCAAUCCAACAAACAGAGUUUGCAAUAAAAAAGGCGUAAAAUACUGUAAACCUAAAUUUCAUGUUGAGAACUGAAACGCUUCGUAAAAUGUUUUGAAAUGUUUAUUGAAGUAAACUGCCUUUGCUGAUAAUAAGCUGUUUUUAACUGAACAAUAUAAAAAAAAUUCAAUAUUUCAUUUUCCUAAACUUUGCAGCCACAUAGUUGAAAAGGAAGCGGUGCGUUCUUUUAUGCACAAAAGUAAAGCAACAAACUUUUUAACACCUAUCAUAUGCAUAUUAAUAUGAAAAUGGCAUUUAAUACGAAAAAUGCAAGGUUGUGCACAUUCCGAGAAAGGGAAUGAAAACCCGAACACCAUCUUAUCUUGAUAAUCAACAACUAGAACAAGUCCAUGACACAUAUCACCGAACUUGGUAUUACCGUUUCUAGCGAAUUAUCAUGUUCAAGGCACAUUUAAUUUCACUGUAGCGAAAGCCGACAAGACAAUGGACCUUGUUAAAAGGAUCUGCAGGUACAUCAUGAACUAAAAGAAGACCAUUGUACUGCACCCUCUUCAGGCCCGAGUUAGAGUAUGCCAUGUGCAGUAAUGUAUGUUCACGUAACACUGUUAAACACCCAAUCAUCAAUCGAGAGCAUUCACCGGCAAGCGGGCAAAUAUAUAUUGAAUUAUCCAAAGGAAAUUUCAUGCACAGAACGAUUGAUUAAGAUCGACCAACCUUAUAAUAAUAUCAUGUUUAUCGUGUUGUCAAUUGUGUAUUAAAUUAUUGUGCUUCAAACCCACCCAGAUUCAAUUUUGCCAAACAAGAUGCUCAAAUCCUAAUAUUUACCACUAUACUACAACAAUGGUAUCACCUUACUGGUUACUGUAACUGGGCUCUGUAGUCUAAGUAGUAGUCUAAGUGCUGGGUUUAAAGUUUUAUUUUUCGCAGUUGCACCAAUUGUAUAUGAAUCUUUGUUUGGAAAUUGCAUCUUCUCAAUGCCGACAUAAAUCAUUCAUUUCCAUCGAACAAGAUGGUCGUGUUUAUCAAGAAAUUGAGUUCUAUAUUUUCCUUUGCAUUUUUUCUUUCAUUGCUGAAUUGACAAACUGAAUCAUUGGUACAUAGGUUGAGCUGUUGUGAGACACAGCUUUAAUAAUUUUAUUAUUUUACAUUUUUAGGCUAUUAGCAUUGUGCUUGUGGUUCUUCAAAACAUUCGAACUAAUAUAUUAAAAGCAACCCAGUCAUCACAAAGCAAGAAGAAAAAGAAAGUGUUGCCACCUGCUCAGGUAAUUAUGUUAUAUAUUCAGCAAAUUUCCUCCCGGGAAUCAGAUUUAUUUUCCAGUGAUAUAAUCUUCAGUUGUCUGUGCCAGUGUAGGUAGUGCCAAUAAUAUUAACAAGCUUUCGUUGGUAGGGAUGUAACUAUCUGAAUUAUAUAAGGAGAAUUUUGACGUUUCGAUCGAGGGCCAUCCGUCUGGUGAUACUAGCGAUAGUCGGGAAAAUUACAUGAACUUUUAUACUAAGGUCAAAGCAAAGUAUAAACAAAAAAUGUAAAUCACAUUACAGAGUAUAUUAAACUGCGACUAGCCCCAAAUAUGAUUUUUUACAUGUGUAAUAUUUCGGUCAUUCAAAGAAGAAAAGUAUAAGAAAGAAAUUUAUCUUCAUAGUAAAAAAUUCCGUCUUAAUCAACUUUUUCACUGUCAUAGUUUUUGGAUAUGAUGUCAUUAGGUGAUUUACAAUUUAGUUUUCCUUCGUUUUUUUGUACCAAAAAUUCACCUAAUGACAUCAAAUCCGGACACUUUGACAGUGAAAAAGUUGAUUAAAAUGAGGUUUUUUACUAUAAAAUACAUUACAUUUUUUCUUAGAAUGAUCCAAAUAUUACACAAACAAAAAAUUAUAUUUGGGGUUAGUAACACUUUAAUACUAAUAUACAGACAACUAUGGCAAGUGCAACAAUAUAUAUGAAACAAGUAUGGAAUAAGGUAUAAAUUAAACGUACUGUCAAUGUCUGCUUUAGUCAGGCAAAGACAGACAGAGUUAAACAUAGGAAAACCGUUCAUUUAAUACCAUAGGGGGGACAGUCGAAUUUUGGAAAUGCAUGAGGCGCAUUUCAUAUCUUGUGCGGCUAUAAUUGUUCCUUCCAGAAAUGGGGCAGAGGGCUCCAAUCUUUAUAUCAGAAACACUGUACAGGGAAUCGAUCUUUUCAUAGUUUAUAGGGGGGGGGGGGGCAUGGUUAGGAAACGCGGCAAACUUCAAAGACGAUUCGUGCGCUUGGCAACCGAUGUUGAAAAUUCUGUCACGUGAAUGUCACCGUGCACACCAAAACAAAAUGGCGGCCUUGACGGAGGAAAAUUCUGUCGUAUCUGGCGAUGAUUUUGAUGAAGUAUUAAAUAUUUUAGAAGAGAAUGAAAAAGUUCAGGAAGAAUCUGAGCAUGAUAUUGCCGAUGUAAGUACGCAAGUAAUUGUAAGUACGGAAAUUCUAUUCGUAUGGUAAAUAUUAGGUUUUUUUGAUACUGACGAUUUUAAUAUAUAAGAUAGAGGAUAUUAACAUAUUUUUAUUAUUUUUGCUCUUGUUCUUGUUCUUGACUGGAUAGAAGAGGUUUUCGCGAAUAAAUGUUAUCAUUGCAUGGCAAAGAAAAGAAACAACUUAACUGUGAACAGGUGUUUAACGUCAGUUACAACGCCGCAAUUUGCUCAGUCCAAUCAAAUUGUGUAGAAAUCUGAAUUAAAUAUUUAAUAUUGAAAUUCUUGAACAUGCAUAUAAUGAACGCCGUGGAUAUUUAUCCCACAUUUGAUCUAUUUCUAUAAUGAAUAAAUAUAAGAGGACCAUGUAUUGUCUCUUUUAUUUAUAGGUUGAAACUGGGCACUUUAUUUGCGAGAUGUGUGGCAAAAAAAUGCAAAAGUAAAUCUAGUUUAAUUAAAAAGGCACACAAAUGCAAAGCAUGGUCAUGCAACCAACAGCAGUGGCAGUAUUUCCCAAGAUGACUUAACAACUCGCCUUCUUUCCCAGAUUGUAGAAGAGACUGCAUUAAAACCGAGCAAAAUUGGCUGUUAUCCAAAGACAGGGCGAGAUGAACUUGCAUCAUACUGUCUGGUUCUCAGGGCAGAGAUUAUCAGAAAAUGGGCAACGUGGAGAAAUUUUAUGCACAGUAUUUUAGUGAGGUACCACCCAAUGAUACAAGAUAUUUUCCAGGAAUUGCUGACAAGACAGCAACAUUUCUUGCCACUAAAGUUGCUGAUCAUAUGUUCUUGCAAAGAAAGAAAAGAACUUGGUUGAUGUCGACCAAUCUGGACGGUCCAGGGAUAUAACUAGCACUACAAAUACUAUCCUGUCAGAAAGGGAACGAUCUGGGGGCAAUACCUUGAUGGCUAUGUUUUCACAACUUACACAAGAAAUUGAACUUGGGAUCCAAGGAUAGUGUAAAGUUUCAUUGAAAAAGACACGUACGACAAGAACUGUAUAGGGUCGCCUGCAACCUGGAACAGUAAGAGCAGGCAUAGGCUAAAGCAAGCACGUUACUCAAAAAUGUGGAUUAGAACAACGUUUUUACGAGAUAAACAAUUCUUGAUCCUUGUGACCAGGGCUGCAAAUUGCUGUCGGACAUCGGACAAUGUCUGACUAAAUUUGACAAAUGUCCGAGCAACAGUAAUUUUGAUCGGACAUUGGUCCGAUCACAAAAAAGUUGUCACAUUAUACAUUUUUUUGCUGUGACAAAAUCCGAUGCGUCGGAAUGGCUAUACAAGCUUGUCUCGUGACUUAUAUAUCUUGUGACGUAUAUAUGUCACAAUGUUGCUCUGAGUGCAUAUCACACCAGGCAAGCUUGAAAAAUAUGCCUGGCCACGGUGGCCACAAUAUCCCGGUGUGGAUAUGCACUCAGAGUAACAUCACAAGCAUCAUAUUCACCUGAGUACACUACACCAACACAGAAAAAUCAUGGUUAUCUAUUGUUUUUAAUGCGUUCGGCACAGGAGUAGCGUGACGUUUGAAACAAACCUAACACAUCAGAAACGUCGUGCCUCGUGGAACUGAUACAAUUUAUUUCUUUAUUGUGAUGCUACACGCGACAACUCGAGAUUUAAAUUGUUUCACCAACAGCCAAAAUUUUGUAUACUCUGAAACUAUAUUUGCAUUGGGAGCUAAAGUAUCCCCACGAGGCUACUGAUAUACUAAACUUAUUUAAAACUAUGAUUAGUCCCGUCGUCCUUUUUGGACAGAAACGUAAAAAUGAGGCGAAAAACUGAUUUAAAUAACGCAUUUUAUCCCCAUAUCCGUCCCUCAUUUUAUCUCCAUAUUCGUUCUGCAUCUGCGGAACUAUUGCUGUAAUAUAUUUUAGACUAAUUGUUCGUAGUUGGUACACAAUUCAUAUGAUCAUAUGAUCAUAAUCAAGUAAGUGAGACAACAGACCAUACAGUAUAUCAUUGGCUCAGCAUAAUUAUAAGCUAUAUAGCACUUGCAACCAAUUUUUUCAUGCUGGUAAAGCCGGUGGCAGCAUAGCAAAUCCAACGUAUUUAAACUUAAAUUGCUAUUAUGUAUUGUACAUAAUGCAAUGCGGUAGGCAUAAAAUAAGUCUUUCUGAAGCAUUAGUUAAUUCCAAACGUUAUUACAAAUGUUCGAACUUUGAGACAAUGUGAAUUGCCACAAUUAAAGUAAGUUAUACUGUUACAGGUAUUUAUUCUAACCUUCGUGAGUUGUAGUAUAUCCAUAGCUACAUUAGAAGGAUUAUAUUUAACCCAGGAGGAAUAUACAAAUUUGUCAGAAAAAACUAAUAUUGAAUUUAGAAUUGUUUUCUGAUACGAAAAGAAAUAUUUAACGCUAUGCUCAUAAAAUGGAGGAGUUUAUAGCGUGGGUAUUUAUCUCAAACAUGGACUCAUUCAAACUCGUGGCCAUUGGGUGCAAUGGCCCAUUGCAUUCGCCGUUCACAAUUUAUUACGAAUCUUAAUUUUUUUAAUAGUACUAGUGUUACCAAAAUUUUUCAUGACCUGCCAGAAAUUGGAACUCUCUGGAACUAGUUAUGGAGAGUAGAAGAGCAUAAGUACAAUCUUUUAAAUUAGUUGGAAUAUUUACAGGUAAUUCAAAAAAGGUUGUCCUUUGCAAGCCAUAAACUCUAAACCUUAAACUCUAAUCGUGCAAAGCAUAAUGGGAGCAUGAUUUAAUCAGUUUAGAAAUCAUUUAUGGGUCCCAGUUCUUAAAGACAUGGUAAAUAUAUCAAUAUUUCGCCUACAAUCCUCCGUCCCUCACAAGCACGUUUUCAAGACUAUCAUUCCUAAAAAAUCUGCCUGGUCUCCUUCACAAGACGAAUAUGGGUCACUUGGACUAUUGAUUGGAAAAUGUCGACAUGAUAUAGAACAGCUCUCCAAGGUUUGGUGAGCGACUAUUAUCUACUUUAAGUGUUAUCUUUUUUUUGCGACUAUUAAAUGCAUUCCAUGCAAGCAUGCGCAGUACUCACCUCGACCUCAAAAUCAUGUGGCAUUCCACAUGUAUAAAGUAAAAGCGACUCAGAUAAAAACAAUUCGUAUGAGACUAUAAUUUAAUAUUGCGCAAGUGACAUGUCACGUUGUUGAACUGUGUCGAAUCAUAAGAAAUACGAUGGGAUGAAGUUGAAAAGCUCCCAUUUAUCUGCAGUUAUGUUAACCGAUUCUUAGUGCUAAAAACUAUUCAAAAUCAUGUCUGUGAGGAACUUAAAACAUAUGGUUGUGUUUGUAAAUAGCUAUUCAGGCUUGCUGUUUAAUCGAUUCGAAAUGGCAAUCCCUGUUGAAAAUUUGAACUUCCUGUUUAUCUAGCGAGAUAACAUGCAGCCCAGAUGUUCAAUUUAACAAACAUAUUUGAUUCUAUGCCAUUUGAAUUGUAUGACGUUAUUCAUCGGUCAUAGGCCAUAUUUUAUGCAUGCUUGGAUCUACCCUACUUCCACAAACACAGAAACAGAAUGUUCUCCAAACCUGUACACGUUUUGCUAUUUUGUUCAAUUUACCCCAGCAUUACAGUUGACCCCGGACCGUGCGCUGUCUCUAUCUGUCUUCCAUCUGUCAUUGCCGGUUUUGUAUUUCCCAAAUAACGGUAGAGUCGUUCUUUACACACGGCUACAACCUGGAACUGGAGCCGAAUCACACUAACACUUCUGCAUCCACCCUUUCUUUCUGUUUAUGACGUAAUCACGCUUAUCAUGAACAAUAAAAUUUUAGUCUCAGGCAAAGGCGACGGUAAAUUGUAUUCCCUUGAGCAUUCUAGCACACCGUAGUUUGAUCGGUUAUUUGCCAUAAAGCGAGCAUAUCUGUGUCGUAUUUGCCCUACCAAGACGGUAGAUGCAGUAGUUGUUUUACAUCAAGUUUCGUGGCUCAAUAAACAUUCCAACUGUUCAGUAAAACGUUCGAAACUGUGUUGCAUGGCCGUUGGUACAGGUUUUAUGUGAAUUCUACUGAAAUACAAAUUAGUUGUCCAAAAAUACUUUCGGUUUUUUGGUCAUUUUUGUUUUGUUGUGGUAUAUGCUAAAACAAUUAUUCAUCUCAGUGUCGGUGAAUAGUGCAAGAAGGAUAUUAACCUUAACGCUUCGCGUUUCGGUAGAUCUCCCUGCACUAUCCACCUCCUAAUUCCAAUAUAAUGUAACUGCGCAUGCCCUUUACAUACACAUUGUGAAUUUCCUAACCCCGCGGAAAAACGUCUGUGUAUGCGUCAACUUUACUAAAAUUCGCCUUGCCAACGUGGUGUUAAGUAUUCCGUUGUCAAAAACUCAAAAUGGAUGCGACAAGGAGCAACUUCGACGUUUUGUCUUUUCUGCGAAAAUGUUAGCGGAAUAAUGAAUGUGAAAACCUAGAAACUAGGAAUAAUUACAGUUUUUGCGUUCAGUAUAUUUAAGGGUAAUGACUUACUCUACAAUAUAAUCAUGAUUUCCACUCCGUUCUGCGCAUCAGUUCUACUCAGGGGGACCCCCAGAUAUAAACAUUGCCCAAAUUUUGCAUCUUUCGAACUUUUUUGAAUUGAAACGUAGAGUUUAUGUUCAUUUACAAGCAUAGCGAACCAGAAAAGUGUUAGAUAUUCAAUUAGUAUAUCAUAUUUUACAAAUAUAUCAGUUUAAAAUGUAAAUAAAGUUCGCGUAUGCGCACAGGAGUGGACAUCAUCUUUAACUAUUUGAUAGUUUACUUAACUUUUCUGCCCUAAAGUUCUGUAUUAGACAAUUUUUUAAUUGUGCACACGCCCCCGGUAAAACGAUAAUUUUUAAUUUAAAUUUCUUUUUAGAUUUUAAAUAUUAAAAAACUUUUUAUUAAUGUCUAAACUACCCGUUUAGUGUAUUUUUUUGUUUGUUUCAUUUACCUUAAAUAAUUAAAUUUAAGGAAUGUUUUUGUUUACUAUUUGGCAUUUAAAAUCCUCAACAUUUGUUUAGUACGCGCGCAUGCGCAGGCGUUUUUCCGCAGUGUUGGAUUUUUCAUGUUGAAAGUUCUUCAUCAUGCAGCAUAUAUUGGUUUAUGCAAUUUACUUUUUUUUUCUUUUUUAUUAACUUUUCGAUUAUUUGAUUAACUUUUUCGAGCAUUUUUUUUCAAUGUUGUAUUAACUGUGAUAGUUUUGAGCAUUUUUUUCAAUAUUAUAUUGACUGUGAUAGUUUUAUUCCAUGGAAAUUUUCAUAUCAUUUGUUCAUAUCAUUUGAAUCAUCCAUGAUAUGUGUAUAAACGGCCCAAAUAUAUAUUUUAGAAAGAACUUUCAGACGCUUAUCAGUUGUUCGCUGAAUCACUUUGUUCUGUGGUUUCUGGUAUUCAUGAUGACUUAUCAAAUAAACAAGUUCUUAAUUUGGCUGAAGAUUUAACGACAUUGGACAUAAACGAGUUAUACAAAUUGGUAAGAAUAAAGCAAUAUGUUUUGUGGAGUUCAGGUAGGGAGGGUAACAAUAUAUGCCGGGAUAAGAAGUAGUGUAUGUGGUUUUCGUGCUGGAUUUUUGUGGGAUAAUGGGAUAAACAGAUCGAAAAGAUAUUGAAAAAAGUUGGGUCUGGCAUUGCAAUGUUGCAAAGGGCUAAAAAUUUCGAAGCAGUAAGCUCACUCCAAAUGAUUUCCAAUGCCUUGAUUCGGCGUUAUUUUGAUUACUGUUCUCCACUAUGGGACAUGUGUGACACACAACUGCUUGAUAAACUUCAAAAAUCGUGCGGCAAGAAUAAUUGCUGGCGCAAGUUGCGAAAUUGAUUCUGCUGUUGUUCUUGAAACUCUUGGUUGGGAAAAUUUGAAAAGUAGAAGACAGAAGAUGAAGUCCAUUCUGUAUAAAUUUCUAAACGAUUAUACUGCUCCUAACUUGAAAGAGUCAUUGAUUGGGAGUAGUUUAACGCAAGCGAACUGUAACUUAAGAAAUAUCUAUACUGAUUUAGCUUUCUCAAAUCCGAGAAGGGAAUUCCCCCAAAAAGUUUUAAAUACAGCGGGGCAAAGCUUUGAAAUAGCCUUUCUCGGGAAGCAAAAGAAGCAUGAUCAAUCCAUAUUUUCAAAGAAAAUAUUAAUCUUUGAUUCUGUUACUAAUGUUAAUGUAGGGGUCACACCUCCUGUAUUCAGCAUGCACGCUUGUAAGUAGUUUUUCUCUGUUUCUUAAAUACUUUGUAUAUAAAUUGACGACCCCCCUCAUGAAAACCAACGUGUGUUGAUGAGGCUAGCGUCUUGAAAUAAAUUUUUACGAUACGAAGCCCAAGUUAACAUGUACGGUGUUUUUAGCUGUUGUUAUGGUCAAUUGUUGCAUAUCACACAGUCAUUAAAAAGUGAAUAACCCGCCCACCCAAUGUUUAUACAUUUUUCUAUUUCACCAAGCGAAAUACAAGGGGAAUAUUUUUUCGUUAUGGUUAGGGUUAGUAUGCGUUGUGGGUUUUGUGAGACAUAUGAAAUUUUGUCUUGUUGACAUCGAAAAUGUGUGCCGCCACAGUCAUUAACAGUCGUUAAAGGACUAUAACAGGCAGAAUCCUAAUUAGAUUGAAUCAUUGAAUCCUAGAUUGAAUCAUUAAAUCCUAAGAUUGAAUCAUUAAAUCCUAAGAUUGAAACAUUAAAUCCUAAGAUUGAAUCAUUGAAUCCUGGAUUGAAUCAUAGAAUCUUAGGAUUGAAUCCUAAGAUUGGAUAAUUGAAUCCUAAGAUUGAAUGAUUGAAUCCUAAGAUUGAAUCAUUGAAUCCUAGAUUGAAUCUUAGAUUGAAUCAUUAAAUCCUAAGAUAAUUAAAUCCUAAGAUUGAAUAAUCCUAGAUUAAAUAAUUGAGUCCUGUGAUUGAAUCAUCGAUUCCUAAGAUUGAAUCAUUGAAUCCCAAGAUUGAAUCAUUAAAUCCUAAGAUUAAAUAAUUGAAUCCUAAUUAAGAUUGAAUAAUUGAAUCCUAAAAUUGAUAAUUGAAUCCCAAGAUUGAAUCAUUGAAUCCUAAAAUUGAAUAAUCCUGGAUUGAAUCAUCGAAUUCUAAGAUUGAAUCAUUGAAUCCCGAUAUUGAGUCAUUGAAUCCCAAUAUUGAGUCAUUAAAUUCUAAGAUUGAAUAAUUGAAUCCUAAGAUUGAAUAAUUGAAUCCUAAAAUUGAUAAUUGAAUCCUAAGAUUGAAUCAUUGAAUCCUAGAUUGAAUCAUUGAACCCUACAUUGACACAGUUGGAUUGAAGCAAUAAAUCCUAAGAUCGAGUAAUUGAAUCCGAGAUUAAAUCAUUAAAUUCUAAAAUUGAAUCAUUGAAUCCUAAAAUUGGUAAUUGAAUCUUAAGAUUGCAUAAUUGAAUCCUAGAUUGAAUCUUUGAAUCCUAAGAUUGAAUCAUUGAAUCCUAGAUUGAAUAAUUGAAUCCUACAUUGAAUCAUUAAUCUCUAAGAUUGAUUCAUUAAAUCAUAAGAUUGAAUCAUUGAAUCCUAAGAUUGAAGAAUUGAAUCCUAGAUUAAAUAAUUGAACUCUGAGAUUGAAUCAUUGAAUCCUAGAUUGAAUCAUUGAAUCCUAAGAUUAAAUUAUUGAAUCCUACGAUUGAAUAAUCUUAUGAUUUAAUUAUUCAAUCUAAGGAUUUAAUGAUUCAAUCUAGGAUUGAAAGAUUCAAUCUAGGAUUCAAUUAUUCAAUCUUAGGAUUCAAUUAUCAAUUUUAGGAUUCAAUUCUUCAAUUUUAGGAUUUAAUGAUUCAAUCUCGGAUACAAUUAUUCGAUCUUAUGAUUUAUUGCUUCAAUCUAGUAUUCUAUGAUUCAAUUUUAGGAUUCAUUGAUUCAAUCUUAGGAUUCAAUAAUUCAAUCUUAGGAUUAAAUGAAACAAUCUAGGAUUUAAUUAUUCAAUCUUAGGAUUCAAUUAUUCAAUCUUAGGAUUCAAUUAUUCACUUUAGGAUUCAAUUAUUCAAUCUUGGGAUUCAAAUAUUCAAACUUAGGAUCCAAGAAUGGGACAGGAUCUUGCAUUUUCGUAACCAGCUUUUUCGCCCUUUUGAGAGCAGUGACUAAGAUUGAGGAAUCGGAUAGUGAAACAUCUCAAACAAGCGAGAUGUGUAUUCAAAGCAUAAUUUUGUAAAUGUUUUGAAGAAAUAAAUAUAUGCCCGCGAAAAGCUACAAAAUUGUUUUCACAAUUGGAUAGACUCUACAGGUUGGAAGCCUCAAGAUUUGGGGAUGAUGACUCCAGAACAAAGAAAGUGUUACGAACGAAGGCUACUUCGCGAGAGACCAAAAUAUAUUCCAAUGAAGUCUGAAGAUAUUGCAAGAUUAUCGUCAAUCUCGUACCCAGAGCAAUACCUGUGCGCGGGCUAGGAUGGCAUUGGCUCUGGGGAAAUUGAAAUUUUUUCUGUGCUGUGAUUGGUUUAACGUUUAUCAAUCGUGCAUGCCGACAAAGAACCGGAACCCCUAAAUUUAGGGGUUCCGGUUGUCAAUUUCCCCAGAGCCAAUGCCAUUAUAGCCCGCGCACAGGCAUUGCUCUGGGUACGAGAUUGGAUUAUCGUCUGAAGACAGACAUGAAUACGCGAGAUUUUAAAGAUACGCUUAAACGAUACGCUCUUAGAAGUAGACCUUAUUAACCUCGUAAACACGUAAAGAAAUAAAUGUGUUUUAAAACUAAAUUUUUGUGCUAAUUUUUGCCCGCAAAUCUACGCGCCCGAUGCUAAGAUACACGCCCGCGUAAUAAGUAAUUCCUAUCUAUCCAUAAUAAACACUUAGCUGUAAUCCUUUAACGUUUCUCAAUGACUUUGGCAGCAUACGUUUUAGAUAUCAACAAGACAAAAUUUGAUAUAUCUCGCAAAACCCACAACGCAUACUAACCAUAACGAAAAUAUGUUCCCUUGUAUUUCGUUUGGUGAAAUAAAAAAAUGGGUUAAUCACUUUUUAAUGAUUGUGUAAUAUGCAAAUAUCGACCAUAACGGCGUUGACAACCAUACAUGUUAACUUUGGCUUCUCGCCAAACACUGUCUGUAAAAGACUGUGCUUAGAUCAAAUGUUUGGAAAAUUUGUAGCGAUGCUAAUUAAAAAGUAAUGGACUUUUGUGACAAAAAUUCUGACGUCAGCUGGCUUUCUUGCCCAGACUCACCUUGCAUAUCAUUAUAAUGUCGUUCAUAUGCCUUAUGUCCGUUUUCGAUAUUGUAGCCAUUAACUGUACGUCUAAUUGGUGUGUCCAACUGUGUCAUGUUUUGUAUGUUAAAUAUUAACUUUAUAGAUUUAACUUGUUCAUCCUGGUAAAGAUGAAACUUUUGAUGUAAUAUAUGAACAACGAGAGCGAGUGUUUCACCGGGAUAUCCAAACACGAGAAAACAAUGUAUGAGAACACGAGCGCGAAGCGCGAGUGUUUUCAUACAUUGUUUUCGAGUGUUUGGGUAUCCCGGUGAGACACGAGCUCGAGUUGUUUAUAUAGCUUCUCAAAUGAAUCGAGACGUAACAGAAUGUUUUCGUUUGCUGAUUUGAAUAGAACCAAGCAUAACGUAAUUAGGAAUUCUAUUCAAGUAAUUUUGCAUGCGUAAUUAAGAUAUUUGAUGAAAACACUAGUGACUUUCAUCAAGUAUCCAAAUAGCAUCUUGUGAUCAAAUAGGUGAUUAUCAUUGGCUGAAUUACUUCAUGAAUUAUUAAUGAAUUUGAGAAUGUGAAAUGACACCCUUUCGUAUCAUGACUAUAAAAGUGGUCAAACACAAUUCAUAUUUUUAUACUGUUCUCCUUUAUUUCAAUCACACAUUUUUGUUUCGAUUCACUCUAAAAAGACAUGACUUGUGUUCUUCCCAAUUCGUGCUAUUAAAUUUCUGGUCAAGGAAAUAUUAAAGUUCUAAUUGUUGCAAUUUUGUUACAAUGAUCCUGUAACAUGUCAAAUAAUCAAGAAAGGAAAAUUUGCACUAUGGAUUUAAUUAAACAUUGUUAUGAGUAAAUACAUGUGAUUGCUAUCAUGUGAUCACCCUCUUUUCCUAACCAACAUUUUUCUAACCAACCUCGUCCCCAGGGUAUUUUGCCUCCAUGGCUGAAGGUCAUGGGAUCGGCCGAUCAAGUCUACAAUCUUAUUCGUUUGAAGACAAUCAAAUUUUAAAGCACUAAAGUUACUACAUUUCUGAACAGACCAAUGGGAUUGUAGAAUUGAUCGGCCGAUCCCUGGCCAUUUUCGCCGACAUUCAACCGUAGAUGAAAAAUGCUGGGAAGGACGACAUUGUUUUUCUAACCUGUGCAACUUAUCUAUACAUCUACUAAAGGCCUCUGAUCGCUCAAAACAUUGAGAUUUUUCAAAUUUUUAUGAAGUACAUUCAUAAAAUUGCAUAUUUUCUAAGAAAAGGCCCUUUUAGUCCGUUGCCAAGUUUACCAUUUAUGUUCUUUUUCAGACAGACAGUUCACUCUUAACGGAGAUAUGGGAAAAGAUGCAGACCAGCUAUAAAACAUCUGUGCAGGAGAUAACUGAUGUCUACAAGCUCAAAUUGGACUAUUUAAAAACUCUUUGUAUUUAAGCGUUUUAAUCGACGACCUUGUGCAAAACAAGACCAAUUAACAAUGGCAAUGUAGAAGAUAACAUCCUUAUAAUAUGUACUGAAAAAUAAUUGGAAAUAGUAUAUAGGAAUCAUUUUAUACAAAAGUCACAAAUCACAGUGUUCUUCUUUGCGGUUUCAUUUAGAGAUUUUUUGGGUGUGACCUCUGAUAUAUUGUGUGUAAAAAACAAACUUCAUUCAAACAGAGCUACCAAUACUAGCACAUACAAAACAUAUUAAAUUUAUAGAAAGACUAGAUUAAGAAUUAACUAUUAUUGGAUGAGGUUUUCGUGAUAUGCGGAAUUAUCAAUGUCGAGCUAAGCGUUAUCAGCCCAGCCGAAGGCGCAGGGCAUUUUUUAACUAUAUAACUGGGGGGGCCAAAGCCCCCCCCCCCCAGCCCCCAUGGUGCCCCCCCCCACUCAACCAUUUUGGCCCCCCCCAGUCAAAGUCCCUUUUCUCUAAAAUAUAAGCAAAACAUGGAAUUUAG